GAAUCUGUUUUAAAUAAAAUUUUAUUGAUUUUGUAAUUUUCCAACGCGUUUUUGUUAAUCAAAAAAUGGUGGACAACAAUCGCUGUAACAAAAUGCGCUCGAGAAACAAUCGCAUGAUCAUUGCGUUGCCAAUACACACGUUAAUGGAAAAGGAUGUCGAUAACGAAAUUUUCUGGUUUUUACGGAUAUUCAGUGAUCUAUAAUUCUCAAAAUCUGUAGUUUAUACGGUUUCUUUUGGAGCAGGCGGGGAUAACGGGAAGUUUAUAGAUUCAGACUCAAGCGUCGUCCUUUUACUAAAUGUCAUAAGUUAGGUGAGCCACAAUGCAGAUCUUCGUGAAGACCCUAACGGGCAAGACUAUCACCCUUGAGGUUGAGGCUUCCGAUACUAUUGAAAAUGUAAAGGCCAAGAUCCAAGACAAGGAAGGUAUCCCUCCGGAUCAACAGCGUCUUAUCUUCGCUGGCAAGCAGCUGGAAGAUGGUCGUACAUUAUCCGACUAUAACAUCCAGAAAGAGUCCACUCUUCACUUGGUACUCCGUCUUCGUGGUGGUGUAAUUGAACCCACCCUUCUUAUCCUUGCCCGAAAGUACAACCAGGACAAAAUGGUUUGUCGUAAGUGCUAUGCUCGCCUUCAUCCACGCGCAACCAACUGUCGCAAGAAGAAAUGCGGUCACACGAACAAUAUCCGCCCCAAAAAGAAGCCAAAAUAAGCGUACGCCCCCACUACGUUUACAAGUCACGAAGAAUAUGUAUUUAUUUUUCAAGAAAUGCAUAUGUUUGUGAUUUUGUAAACAGUCAUUCUUGCUUCAAAUAAAAUCUGAGCAGUCAAUUAUA